AAGUAACACAGCCUUGUUUUUUAGCCGUUCCUAAUAAGGAAGUGCGGUCUCCUGGACACAUGCGGUGUGAUGCACCUGCACGGCUUCCCCGGGGUCUAUUCCGGUCUCGUCUCCAUCAUAGUCGCUGCGGUCGCGACUAAGGAGGUGUACGGCGAAGAAGGCCUGAAGACAGUCUUUGAAGCUGUUGGGCACGGGCGGACCACAGGCACGCAGGGUGUCAUGCAACUGGUGGCGCUUUUGUGUACACUGCUUCUAGCACUAGUUUUUGGUACUAUCACGGGUUGCAUAACCAAGUUGAAGAUAUUUGAACCUUUACCGAAGGUACAUCAGUUUAACGACGAGCACUUUUGGGAGAUUCCUUAA